AACUCGGGGACCGACACGAUGGGUACCGUGUUUUAUCUUGCCACUUUAUUCGCUCUCCUGGGCCUGUCUGGGUUAGCUUUCAGCUCAGCCAUUCAGGUCGAGGUUGAGCAGGGUGUCCUGCAGGGUGCAGUGCAGACGAGUCACUCAGGAAAACCUUUUUUGGCUUUUCACGCAAUUCCGUAUGCUGCACCUCCAAUUGGACCACUCCGAUUCAAGGAUCCCGCGGAGACAAAACGUUGGGAAGGUGUACGCGAUGCCACAAAAAAGGGCCCAGUCUGCAUCCAGAGAGACGUUUUAUUUUCUCAUAGUGACGAAAUCUUUGGACAGGAAGACUGCCUGUACCUAGACGUAUACACACCGAAUGUGUUGCGGAAAGGGGAAAACAUAACCGGUUCAUUGCCGGUGCUUGUUUACUUCCACGGCGGAGGAUGGCUGUGUGGCUCAGCAGGCACCUAUGGACCCGACUACCUAAUGGACCAGGACAUCGUCUUGGUCACGCCGAAUUACAGAUUGGGGGUGUUUGGCUUUUUAAGCACUGAGGACAAGACGUGCCCCGGAAACUUUGGCAUGAAGGAUCAGGUGGCCGCUCUGAAAUGGGUCCAAAAGAAUAUUGGUGCUUUUGGGGGUGAUGCAGGAAUGGUCACGAUCGCCGGGCAAAGCGCUGGAGGAGCAAGCGUUCACUAUCACAUGAUCUCUCCAUUAUCACAGGGUUUGUUUUCACGCGCCAUAUCUAUGAGUGGUACAGUUUUCUCUCCGUGGGCUUUCGCACCGAAUCCUGUAUCUAACGCAAGAAAAUACGCAAUGGUUAAUGGAUGCUCUAUUGAUGAUUCAGAAGAAUUAGUCGAUUGCUUGAUGAAAAAGGAGGCUUAUGAUUUGAUCGAUACACAGGACGUGUUAUAUGACUGGGGAAUGGAUCCUAUCCUGCCAUUCCGUCCUUGCCAAGAGCCUCAACACGACGGGUUAAUUUUCCUGCCUGCGGCGCGAGAAAAGCUGGUUGAGCGAAUUGAAUCAUUGAGUCCAUUUAACUCGAUCCCGUGGAUUGUUGGAUACACUUCACAUGAUGGAGCGAUUAGAACAUCUUCAUUUUCGAGCUCUGCUCCAAUAAUGGAAGAAAUUGACGCUAAUUUUGCCACCCUUGCACCGUUGAUCCUGAAUUAUACUUCUGACCAGGGAGCAUACUUGGCAGGUGUAAUUAGACAGAUUUAUUUUGGUGGAAUUAAAAUCAACAAAGAGAGCAAGGAUAUCUUUACUAAGAUGUACACUGAAAGGAUGUUUGUGCACCCGAUAAUUAACUCUCUGAAAAUUAUGAGGAGCUACAGCACAGUCAGGCCGAUAUAUAUUUAUCAAUUCGGCUACAGGGGUAAACAUUCGAUGUCGUUAAAAUGGGACCCUUUUUCGAAUACUGAUUAUGGAGUUGCCCACAUGGAUGAAUUACAGUACAUUUUCCCUGCUCCGAAAUAUUUUCCAACAAUUCCUAAAAAUGAAAACAGUGAGGACGCACGAGUUAUGAAAUUUAUGACCAAACUGAUUUCUGAUUUCGGGAAAACUGGUUUACCGACACCUUCUAAAGAUUCAUCAGAAGAGGGGGACUUAAAGUGGCACGCAAUAAACAAAAUAUUCCCGCUUGAGGUCGCAAAUCUCGACUCGUCGAUGCCAACUGGCUAUAUAAAGCCAACGGAUUAUUUUGAGAAGCCGUACAGAUUUUGGCAAUCGUUGAACCUGCAAGAGGAUGGGUGGACCAAACAAGAAGAUGUUUUCGUAUCCAACCAUGACGAAUUUCCAUUGUCGUUGAAACCAAGCAGCCACGAUCUGUUGGCGGUGAAUGCAAAACCAGAAGAAAGCAAGAGUAGCAACGAGGUGGACAAGAAAACUGAUAAGACGGCCAAGGAGUCAAACAAGAAGAAGGAAAAGAGAACCCGCCAAAGAAGACAACUAAAAUUGCCAUUUCUUACUUGUCUCAAGUGUAUAUUGCACCACCAGUGCAGUAUAUAUAUGCAGUCUCUUGCGAACUCGGGGACCGACACGAUGUGUACCGGGUUUUAUCUUGCAUCUUUAUUCGCUCUCCUUGGCUUGUCUGAGUUAGCUUGCGGCUCAGCCAUACAGGUUGAGGUUGAGCAGGGUGUCUUGCAGGGUGCAGUGCAGACGAGUCACUCAGGAAAACCUUUUUUGGCUUUUCACGCAAUUCCGUAUGCUGCACCUCCAAUUGGACCACUCCGAUUCAAGGAUCCCUCGGAGACAAAACGUUGGGAAGGUGUACGCGAUGCCACAAAAAAGGGCCCAGUCUGCAUCCAGAGAGACGUUUUAUUUUCUCAUAGUGACGAAAUCUUUGGACAGGAAGACUGCCUGUACCUAGACGUAUACACACCGAAUGUGUUGCGGAAAGGGGAAAACAUAACCGGUUCAUUGCCGGUGCUUGUUUACUUCCACGGCGGAGGAUGGCUGUGUGGCUCAGCAGGCACCUAUGGACCCGACUACCUAAUGGACCAGGACAUCGUCUUGGUCACGCCGAAUUACAGAUUGGGGGUGUUUGGCUUUUUAAGCACUGAGGACAAGACGUGCCCCGGAAACUUUGGCAUGAAGGAUCAGGUGGCCGCUCUGAAAUGGGUCCAAAAGAAUAUUGGUGCUUUUGGGGGUGAUGCAGGAAUGGUCACGAUCGCCGGGCAAAGCGCUGGAGGAGCAAGCGUUCACUAUCACAUGAUCUCUCCAUUAUCACAGGGUUUGUUUUCACGCGCCAUAUCUAUGAGUGGUACAGUUUUCUCUCCGUGGGCUUUCGCACCGAAUCCUGUAUCUAACGCAAGAAAAUACGCAAUGGUUAAUGGAUGCUCUAUUGAUGAUUCAGAAGAAUUAGUCGAUUGCUUGAUGAAAAAGGAGGCUUAUGAUUUGAUCGAUACACAGGACGUGUUAUAUGACUGGGGAAUGGAUCCUAUCCUGCCAUUCCGUCCUUGCCAAGAGCCUCAACACGACGGGUUAAUUUUCCUGCCUGCGGCGCGAGAAAAGCUGGUUGAGCGAAUUGAAUCAUUGAGUCCAUUUAACUCGAUCCCGUGGAUUGUUGGAUACACUUCACAUGAUGGAGCGAUUAGAACAUCUUCAUUUUCGAGCUCUGCUCCAAUAAUGGAAGAAAUUGACGCUAAUUUUGCCACCCUUGCACCGUUGAUCCUGAAUUAUACUUCUGACCAGGGAGCAUACUUGGCAGGUGUAAUUAGACAGAUUUAUUUUGGUGGAAUUAAAAUCAACAAAGAGAGCAAGGAUAUCUUUACUAAGAUGUACACUGAAAGGAUGUUUGUGCACCCGAUAAUUAACUCUCUGAAAAUUAUGAGGAGCUACAGCACAGUCAGGCCGAUAUAUAUUUAUCAAUUCGGCUACAGGGGUAAACAUUCGAUGUCGUUAAAAUGGGACCCUUUUUCGAAUACUGAUUAUGGAGUUGCCCACAUGGAUGAAUUACAGUACAUUUUCCCUGCUCCGAAAUAUUUUCCAACAAUUCCUAAAAAUGAAAACAGUGAGGACGCACGAGUUAUGAAAUUUAUGACCAAACUGAUUUCUGAUUUCGGGAAAACUGGUUUACCGACACCUUCUAAAGAUUCAUCAGAAGAGGGGGACUUAAAGUGGCACGCAAUAAACAAAAUAUUCCCGCUUGAGGUCGCAAAUCUCGACUCGUCGAUGCCAACUGGCUAUAUAAAGCCAACGGAUUAUUUUGAGAAGCCGUACAGAUUUUGGCAAUCGUUGAACCUGCAAGAGGAUGGGUGGACCAAACAAGAAGAUGUUUUCGUAUCCAACCAUGACGAAUUUUAAAAUUGCAUACAACACGCUGUAGCUCUAAAAGUUAUUUCAAUUGCAUUUUGUAUCAAAUACGAUAAAAUGAGCUUUAAAUUAUG